CUCGGCGGAAGAAAGGAGCCAACAGAAGGAUCAAGAGCUGAUGAUGGUGCGGUUCCACCUGGCCCGUGGGGGCCUGAGGCUCCUGGGGGUCCGACGGGCCUCGACCGUCCCCGCCGCCUCCCCGAACGCCCGACACCUGGAGUACAAGCCCAUCAAGAAGCCUCCGGGCUCUCCCCUAGGUGAAAUUGCCAUCCGGGUAUUCCGGGCCUGCACGGAGCUGGGCAUCCGCACGGUGGCGGUAUACUCGGAGCAGGACACGGGGCAGAUGCACCGGCAGAAGGCGGACGAGGCCUACCUCAUCGGCCGCGGCCUCACCCCCGUGCAGGCCUACCUGCACAUCCCGGACAUCAUCAAGGUGGCCAAGGAGAACGAGUGGAUCGCCGUGCACCCCGGCUACGGGUUCCUGUCGGAGCGGGCCGACUUCGCCCAGGCCUGCCUCGACGCCGGCAUCCGCUUCAUCGGCCCAAGCCCGGAAGUGGUGCGCAAGAUGGGCGACAAGGUGGAGGCCCGCUCCAUGCCGUGGCGGCAGGCGUCCCCGUGGUCCCGGGGAACGGAUGCCCCCAUCGCCUCCUUGCACGAGGCGCACGAGUUCUCCAACACCUACGGCUUCCCCAUCAUCUUCAAAGCGGCCUACGGGGGCGGGGGCCGAGGCAUGAGGGUGGUCCGCAGCUAUGAGGAGCUGGAGGAGAAUUACACCCGGGCGUUUUCGGAGGCCCUGGCGGCUUUCGGCGACGGGGCCCUGUUUGUGGAGAAGUUCAUCGAAAAGCCCCGGCACAUCGAGGUGCAGAUUCUAGGGGACCAGUACGGAAACGUUCUGCACCUGUACGAGCGGGACUGCUCCAUCCAGCGGCGUCACCAGAAGGUGGUAGAGAUCGCGCCCGCCGCCCACCUGCCCCCCCAGCUCCGGACCCGCCUCACCAACGACUCCGUCAAGCUGGCCAAGCAGGUCGGGUACGAGAACGCCGGCACGGUGGAGUUCCUCAUAGACAAGUUCGGCAAGCACUACUUCAUCGAGGUCAACUCCCGGCUCCAGGUGGAGCACACGGUCACCGAGGAGAUCACCGACGUGGACCUGGUCCACGCCCAGAUCCACGUGGCCGAGGGCCGGAGCCUGCCCGACCUGGGCCUGCGGCAGGAGAACGUCCGCAUCAACGGCUGCGCCAUCCAGUGCCGCGUCACCACCGAGGACCCCGCCCGCGGCUUCCAGCCCGACACGGGACGCAUCGAGGUGUUCCGCAGCGGCGAGGGCAUGGGCAUCCGGCUGGACAACGCCUCCGCCUUCCAAGGAGCCAUCAUCUCCCCACACUACGAUUCGCUGCUGGUCAAGGUCAUCGCCCACGGGAAGGACCACCCUACGGCCGCCACCAAGAUGAGCAGGGCGCUGGCCGAGUUCCGCGUGCGCGGGGUCAAGACCAACAUCCCGUUCCUGCAAAACGUGCUCAACAACCAGCAGUUCCUGGCGGGAACCGUGGACACCCAGUUCAUCGACGAGAACCCGGAGCUCUUCCAGCUGCGGCCCGUGCAGAACCGGGCCCAGAAGCUGCUGCACUACCUGGGUCACGUGAUGGUCAACGGCCCCACGACCCCCCUCCCCGUCAACGCCGGCCCCAGCUCCGUCGACCCCGUGGUGCCCCCCGUGCCCAUCGGUCCCCCUCCGGCCGGUCUCCGGGACGUCCUGCUGCGGGAGGGGCCGGAGGGCUUCGCCCGGGCCGUGCGCCGCCACCCUGGCCUGCUGCUCAUGGACACGACCUUCAGGGACGCCCACCAGUCCCUCCUGGCCACCCGCGUGCGCACCCACGACCUCAAGAAGAUCGCCCCUUUCGUGGCCCACAACUUUAGCAGCCUCUUCAGCGUGGAGAACUGGGGGGGAGCCACGUUCGACGUCUCCAUGCGCUUCCUGUACGAGUGUCCGUGGCGACGGCUGCAGGAGCUGCGGGAGCUGAUCCCGAACAUCCCCUUCCAGAUGCUGCUGCGCGGGGCCAACGCCGUGGGCUACACCAAUUACCCCGACAACGUCGUCUUCAAGUUCUGCGAGGUGGCCAAGGAGAACGGGAUGGACGUCUUCCGCGUCUUCGACUCCCUCAACUACCUGCCCAACCUGCUGCUGGGCAUGGAGGCGGCGGGGAGCGCGGGGGCCGUGGUGGAGGCCGCCAUCUCCUACACCGGCGACGUGGCCGACCCCAGCCGCGCCAAGUACUCGCUCGCCUACUACCUGGGGCUGGCCGAGGAGCUGGUGCGGGCCGGCACCCACAUCCUCUGCAUCAAGGACAUGGCGGGGCUGCUGAAGCCGGCGGCCUGCACCAUGCUGGUGGGCUCCCUGCGCGAGCGCUUCCCGGACGUGCCCCUGCACGUCCACACCCACGACACGUCCGGGGCGGGCGUGGCCGCCAUGCUGGCCUGCGCCCAGGCCGGGGCCGACGUGGUGGACGUGGCGGCCGACUCCAUGUCGGGGAUGACGUCCCAGCCCAGCAUGGGCGCCCUGGUGGCCUGCUCCCGCGGGACGCCGCUCGAUACGGGGGUGACCCUGGAGCGGGUGUUCGACUACAGCGAGUACUGGGAGGGGGCUCGCGGACUGUACGCCCCCUUCGACUGCACGGCCACCAUGAAGUCCGGCAACGCGGACGUCUACGAGAACGAGAUCCCCGGCGGCCAGUACACCAACCUGCACUUCCAGGCCCACAGCAUGGGGCUGGGAGCCAAGUUCAAGGAGGUCAAGAAGGCCUACGUGGAGGCCAAUCAGAUGCUGGGCGACCUCAUCAAGGUGACUCCGUCCUCCAAGAUCGUGGGCGACCUGGCCCAGUUCAUGGUGCAGAACGGGCUGAACCGGGCCGAGGCCGAGGCCCAGGCCGAGGAGCUGUCCUUCCCCCGCUCCGUGGUGGAGUUCCUGCAGGGCUACAUCGGCGUGCCCCACGGCGGCUUCCCGGAGCCCCUGCGCUCCAAGGUGCUGAAGGACCUGCCGCGGGUGGAGGGCCGCCCGGGCGCCUCCAUGGCCCCCCUGGACCUGGAGGCCCUGGAGAAGGAGCUGGCGGAGCGGCACGGGGACGAGAUCACCCCGGAGGACGUGCUGUCGGCCGCCAUGUACCCCGACGUCUUCGGCCAGUUCAAGGACUUCACGGGCGCCUUCGGCCCCGUGGACAGCCUCAACACCCGCCUCUUCCUGCAGGGUCCCAAGAUCGCCGAGGAGGUCGAGGUGGAACUGGAACGGGGCAAGACCCUGCACAUCAAGGCCCUGGCCCUGGGAGACCUAAACCUGGCCGGCCAGAGGCAGGUCUUCUUCGAACUCAACGGGCAGCUGCGCUCCAUCCUGGUCAAGGACACCCAGGCCAUGAAGGAGAUGCACUUCCACCCCAAGGCCCUGAAGGACGUCAAGGGCCAGAUCGGGGCCCCGAUGCCCGGGAAGGUCAUCGACAUCAAGGUGGAGGAGGGGGCGGCCGUGGCCAAGGGGCAGCCCCUGUGCGUGCUGAGCGCCAUGAAGAUGGAGACCGUGGUCACCUCGCCCCUGGCCGGCACCGUCCGCAAGGUCCACGUCGAGCUCGACGCGACCCUGGAAGGGGACGACCUGAUCCUGGAGAUCGAGUGACCGCCCCCUCCGGUCCGGCCGGCGGGGCCGGGGAGGGGCCGGGCCCGGCCCCGGCUCCUCCCGGA